UUAUAUUUGCUUUCACUGUCUUAGUAACUGAAUAGAACAUUCAAGAUUCCACCAUUAAUUUUUCAAACAUAAAAAGUUCUUAUUUUUCUAUACUUCAGGUUCUUUUUGUUGAGUUAUUUUAAUCUGGGGUAUGGCUAGUGCUAGUUUGGCUAGUGGAUUUAUGAGGAAUAGGAGAUUUGAGAGUUAUUUUAAUGCUGGUUCAACUUUGGAUUCUGAUAGACCAUUAAAAGUUGUGGCAAAUAAAGAGGAAUUGGGACAGAAGCAAAGAGCGGUAGAGGCAUAUGAAGAUGAUGAUGGUUGUGUUACUGUGUUGAUCUCAUGGAUUAGGAUUGUGAUUUGCUUUGUGGUAAUGAUGUUUACUACAUUUAUUUGGGCUGUUAUUAUGUUGCUGCUUCUUCCUUGGCCAUAUCAAAGGAUUAGGCAGGGGAAUAUAUAUGGACAUGUCACUGGAAGAUUGAUGAUGUCGAUAGUGGGAAAUCCUAUAACGAUCGAAGGUGCUAAAUAUUCAGAGGAGAGAGCGAUUUAUAUCAGUAACCAUGCAUCUCCUAUUGACAUUUUCCUCAUAAUGUGGCUGACACCAACUGGCACUGUUGGCAUUGCUAAAAAAGAGAUCGUAUGGUACCCGUUAUUUGGGCAGCUCUACGUUUUAGCAAAGCACCUACGCAUAGAUCGUUCUAAUCCCGCUGCAGCCAUCGAAUCCAUGAAAGAGGCUGCUCAUGCUGUUUCGAAAAAUAAUUUAUCCUUAAUAAUUUUUCCGGAAGGCACGAGGUCCAAAAAUGGACGAUUGCUACCGUUUAUAAAGGCAAGAUUUUCACUAUUAAUUCCUUAAUUGAUAUACUUCAUUUACCAAGUCAUUGUAAUGGAUGAUUCAUGUGAAGUCAUUGUCAAAUUUCAGUAUAAAAUCUCUUGUCCAGCAGGCUCAAAAGAAGAAAAUAGAUAACUUGAUGUUGAGCCUCGACAUAAAAAUAAUAUGUACUGAUCAUAUUAAGAAUUAAGAAAAAAAAAAUGAAUCACUAUCCAUGUGUGCUCAAGAGAUCCUUUGAGAAAAUUAUUGGGGGGUCCGUGAACUUCUAUUGCUCUCUAUGGAGCUUUUGGCGUAAUAGGUUUCAUGUUUUCCAUCAAUCGAGCUUGCUCUAGUUGUUCAAUUGAGACCUUAGAAUGCAACCACUAAGCUCGUGUGCUUUUGGUGCAGGGGUUCGUGCACUUGGCAUUGCAAACACGACGUCCUGUCGUUCCAAUUGUAAUGUCAAGCACUCAUCUAGCAUGGAGGAAGGGCAGCUUACACGUAAGACCGGUUCCUCUAGUGGUGAAGUUUCUUCCGCCCAUCAAAACCGAUGACUGGACCACUGACAAAAUUGAGGACUACGUAAACUUGGUGCACGAUGUUUAUGUAAAAAAUCUGCCCGAGUCUCAGAAGCCAGCACCAUUAUACGAAAAGGCCUUUGGCAGAGUAGCUUGUUCAUAGUUUUGAGUUUCUCAUGUGCAGUUCUAGUUGUCUAAAUAAAUAAAUUGUUAAAAGGUUUCAUUUUACAAGUUAUGCAUGUAUCAUAAGGCCAUUUUUUUUUCCAAUUAAUUCAUGUUUUCUUUUUAGAAUUUAGAAGGUGAAUCAACAUAGCCCU